AUGGCCACGCCCACUCCCGCAGACGACGUGGUCAUCAAGGCAAGCACCAGCGACCCAGCCAACGAGGAGCAAGCCGUACAGGAGGACCUUCUGCAGGAGGACCUGCUGCAGGAGGAGGAAGGACCCGCGCGUUUCCCUCUGUCGACACAGGAGCAGCUCCAGGCCAUGGCCCGCCGCCGCGAAGCAGCCGUCUCCUUCAAGAAUCAGGUCAGCGAGUGCCGCCUGGCUCUGAGGUACUCUGUCAUCGGCUGGACAGGCACCCUAGACCCGACCAACCACGCACAGGAGAAAAUCCCCACCGCCCUCUCGAACGCCCCCUCGAUCCGGGACCUCGACGCACAGAUGGACAAGCUGGAGCGAAAGCUGGCGCCGUUCCUGCCGGCCGAUAACAGCAACAACGGCGGCCAAGGCCUGGGUGCCGAGGCGCUGGCCCGCGUGGAGCGCGUGCGCGCGGCGCUGCUCGAAGUCGAGCCCGGGGUCAAGUCCACGCGGUUCAUCAAGCCGGUGCUGGACGGGGUCGAGCGGGGGGCCCGCGCCUCGGGGAUCCUACCGCCGCAGGACAACGUGGGGUGGGUUUGGUCGCUGUCAUUUGACGACUGGUUCAUCUGGCGCGCGGGGGAGGGCGCGUUCGUGUCUGCCAGGCACGGGGUGAGGACCGACUUCGUGGCGGCUUGA